UGGAGGUGCGGGGCAGUUAGGGGAUUGGGCUAGGUCAGCCCGUGAGUCAGUGGCAAAGGAGGGACCGGCGCGGCGGAGGCUUUAUUAGCUGAUGAGGGGUGGAGCAAGGCUCCGCAGGCAGGCGAGGAGCCACGCUGAGACACGGCAUCGACCGAGCCGGGUCUCGCUCUCCCGCCCGGCGCAUCCCCCGGCACCCCGACCUGCCAGCGAUGCAGCACCAGCCCCACUCCUCCUCCUCGCCGAGCCCCUGAGGGGCGGCCGAGCCCCUCGCCCCUCGCCGCAGCCCCACGGUCACCCACGGCACAGCCAGGAAGGCAGUGAUGGAGCAAGCUAUUGCACAAAAUGGAUCACAUGAGUUUCUCUGAGAAGCCCACGAAGUACUGCUGUCAGCUCCAGACAUGGUAUAAAUCACAGAGACAUCCCAACGAGUAUAAAUUCUUUGGCUGACCAAGCUGCAGCGACGGGGAAACUUCUCCAAUAGCCUGGCAAGAGCAGAGAUUUGGAUUCCAGACAGCAAAACAGCCUUCCCCGUUCCUCUGAUACGUGCUCUCCUCCUCAUCACAUGUCCUGCUUUGGUCCAGCCCUGGACUAUUCAAAAUGAAGUGACGCCUCUCAUUCAUGGGGCUCUCCUCCCAACAGCGUUAACCCUCAGCUAAGGCAUUAGCUGAACCAUGACCGAAGAGUCCGUGCAGAAGGACAGCGAGAUCAGACACCCCAACUCCAGCAUGGGCUGCGGACACAAGGAUGACAAAGCCAGCCUGGCUUCAAGUCAGAUAGCGUCUUUCAGCCACCAGCCUCAUCAGCCCCCCUCCACUCCUGCCUCCAAGGAAGUGUGGAAAAAAGGCGGCCGCAUGUUCUCCAUCCUGCUGGCCGUGCACUUAGCCCUGCUGGCUUGCACGCUGGUGAGCAGCGGGGCUUUUGAGAAGAUUGCCGUGCACGAUUACGAUGUCUUCUUCCUGCUGACUGUCAUGAUGCUGAUAGUCAUCAUAUGGAUCAUCUUCUACCUCUUCGGCACCUCCCGGUGCCCAGAUGCCAUCCUCUGCAAAGACUCCCACGCUGGGCCCAUCUGGCUGAGAGGAGGCCUGAUCCUAUUUGCCAUUUUCAGCCUUGUCAUGGAUGUGUUCAAAAUAGGAUACUACUCAAGCUUCUACAGCUGCCUGUCUGCAAUCAAAAUAAUCUACCCCAUUGUGCAAGCAAUAUUCGUGGUCGUCCAGACGUACUUCCUGUGGAUCUCUGCCAAAGACUGUGUCCACGUACACCUGAACGUUACCAGGUGUGGCUUGAUGCUAACGCUGACUACAAACUUAGCGGUGUGGAUGUCAGCAGUGACAGAUGAGUCCGUUCACAAAGCGCAUUCAAAGUUGAAGAAGAACGUGACAGAAGAAAUCUACAGAUGGCUCAUGAAAGCGGGAAUGAGAAGUAGCUCAGCCGAAGAAUGCAACUGCAACAGCCAAAUCUGCCAGAUCUUCAAGAACGGCUACUUUUGGCUGUACCCCUUUAACAUUGAGUACAGCCUCUUUGCCUCUGCCAUGGUCUAUGUCAUGUGGAAGAACGUUGGACGCUUCAUAGACCACCACUCCCACCACAUUCACCGCCUGAAGUUCAGGCUUUUCCGAAGGACCUUCUUUGUAGGCAUCGUGUUGGGCCUCAUCAUUCUGGUGAGUGGUUUGGGAGUCCUUAUUCUUUAUGAGGUGCAGGUAAAUUCCAGCACUGAAUCCAGCAAGAAGAGCCAAGCACUCACCAUGUACUACAUCUUCAACAUUGUUUGUCUGGGCUUGAUGUCUCUUGUCUGCAUUGGUGGCUCUGUCAUCUACCGGUUUGACAAGAGAGACAUGGAUCGGCACAAGAACCCAACCAGGACCUUGGACGUGGCCCUGCUGAUGGGUGCAGCCUUGGGGCAGUAUGCUAUUUCUUACUACUCCAUUGUGGCCAUUGUAGCCAGCACACCAAGGGACGCUAUUAGCGCACUCAACCUCACCUAUGCCCUCCUAAUGAUUGCCCAGCACACCUUCCAGAACAUCUUCAUUAUCGAAGGCCUUCAUCGGCAACCUCCCAAGGAAGACCACAAGCACGAUUCUCACCAGAAGGAUCUCUAUGGACUCACCUUUGUCAACAUCAAUGCAGUGUCCCUCCGUGUGCCUGACAGUGGCAGCACCUUGGCACCUAGCACUGCCUCUGGUGCUGAAGCCAUCCAUCCUUCUGACUUCGUGAGGUCCCUCACCGCCCCCAAGAAGAUGAACUGGAGGAGGAAGUUCUUAAGGGAGAUCUCCAUGUUCCUCCUGCUGAGCAAUAUCAUACUCUGGAUCAUGCCAGCGUUUGGUGCCCGGCCCCAGUUUGACAAUGAUACAGAACUGAACUUCUAUGGUGAUUCCAUGUGGCCGGCCAUCGUGGACAUUUGCCUGCCCUUUGGGAUCUUCUACCGAAUGCAUGCAGUGGCCAGUUUGCUGGAGGUCUACAUCAUGUCCUAAAGAACUCUCUUGCAAGGAAGAUGAGAUCCUCCUCAACCAAUCCACCUUCUUCCUACCCCAGGGAUGGGAGACUGCCCAGAUGUCCCAAGGGGUCCCCAGCACUGCCUAAAAUCACGUCCCCUUGCAGUGUUGGGGCAUUUAUGAACUGUCAGUGAAGAUCAUCCAAACAUAGUCCAGAUUUUUUUUUUUGCUACUUGUGUGUGGAUGUGCAUGUGUGUGUCUGAAGUUCUUAAAGCUUAAAAGAAAAAAGGGGGAAAAAAAAAGGAAGGUGCCCAGAGUAGGAUCAUGGUAAUUAACCUUGGUUCAUGCAAAGAGACUCACCUUCCUUCUUAAAAGCCUGUU